ACUCUCACUCGAAACCUAUGUCUCACCAUUAAUACAGCGACGUUUGAAUCCGAAGAAUGGGGAAGAUUCGCAAAAGAAAACAGCCUGAGAAUGAUCUACAGUCGAAGUUAAAUUCUUCCUUCGAGACUCGACCAAAAUCCACCAGAGCCAAGAAUGGCGCCUUUGAAAACCUGAAAGAUCCAUACCCAAGUCACGCUCGACCCACCCCCGAAGAUUGCCGAGCCGUCCGAGACACUUUAUUGGCCCUGCACGGUUUUCCUCAAGAGUUCGCCAAGUAUCGCAGAAAAUCAACGGACGAUGCCGUGAAAUUGGCACAGGACGCCACUGAGUUGCCUGCCCUAGAAGAGAGUGUUCUGGACGGUUUGGUUCGGACGGUGCUCUCGCAGAAUACUACGGAGACAAAUUCCCAAAGGGCUUUUGCUUCCCUCAAAUCUGCCUUUCCUACAUGGGAAGAUGUUCUUAGUGCUGGCGUCAAGGAUGUAGAGGAUGCCAUUCGAUAUGGUGGUUUGGCUCCAACUAAGGCUGCUUGUAUUAAGAAUGUAUUAAGUUGCUUGCUUGAGAGAAGAGGAAAAUUAUGCUUGGAGUAUUUGCGAGACUUGUCUCUUGAUGAAAUCAAGUCUGAGCUAUCUCUUUUCAAAGGAAUUGGUCCCAAGACAGUAGCUUGUGUCUUGAUGUUCAAUCUUCAGCGAGAUGAUUUUCCUGUGGACACACACAUAUUUGAGAUUUCAAAAACCAUUGGGUGGGUACCAGCUGUUGCGGACAGAAACAAGACGUAUCUUCAUCUAAACCGCCGGAUCCCAAAUGAACUCAUGUUUGACUUGAACUGUCUUCUGUAUACACAUGGUAAGCUCUGUAGUAAAUGUACCAGUAAGAGAGGCAACCAACCUAAAAAGGCAAGUAGUGAUAACUCUUGUCCUCUGCUGAAAUAAUGUGAGGGGUCGGUUUGAAUUCUGAACUCUGCAGACUAACAAUUUUGAUUCUUCAGUCCCGCUUUUUUUUUUUUUUUUUAUGGGAUUAGGUCUUCUGUUCAUAAUUCAUAUGCAACCUUAGAAUGGUGCAAGUUAACUUUGACUCUGAUGUCCUAGGAGUAAUGCUUCAUUUGAGAUGUUUGCUUGGUAUCAAGAUAUCCAACAUGAUUGAAUGCACGCGUUGUAAUUUGGUGAUGUAGUUUUGUUGAAAGAUAAAUCAUCAUCCAAAGUUCCAUGAACUAAUUCUUUUAUAGGGGGAUCAUAUCUACAGGUUGUCUUGUCAACAAUAUCGGUAAUGGAAUAUUACUAUAACACCA